AAUUUCGGACCAGGAUGCCAUUCCUAUGGUAACGGUUCAUCCGAAGAGAUCGACUCCAUUGAACGGCUUUUAGAAUCCGGCGAACAGGUCUUGGCUCUAUUCUGCGAAUUUCCAUCAAAUCCACUUUGUAGAUCACCAGAUCUAAAACGUCUCAGAAAGUUGGCUGAUAAAUACAACUUUCUGAUUGUAGUUGAUGAGACGAUUGGUAAUUUUGUUAACGUAAGAGUAUUCGAAUGGGCUGAUAUCAUGGUAUCCAGUCUGACAAAAAUAUUCAGUGGUGAAGUUAAUGUCAUGGGAGGAGGUUUGGUUCUUAAUCCUCAACGGCGUCACUACGAUAUACUAAAGAAAUUUAUUGAAAUAGAAUAUGAGGAUUUGAUGUGGAGGGAAGAUGCAAUAGUUCUUGAACGUAAUUCAAGAUCAUUCCGCGAACGUAUCCACAGGAUCAAUGAAAAUACCGUGAAAAUAUGCGAUUUUCUCAGUCGAAGUCCAAAAGUGAAGAAAGUGUAUUUCCCGAAAUAUAUAGAUCCGGAAAUAUACCUUCAGUACAAAGCACCGGAAGGAGGCUACGGUGGAUUGUUUUCAAUAUCAUUUCACUCAUAUCUUUCAUCGCAGCAAUUUUUUGAUGCGUUGCCAGUUGCAAAGGGUCCAUCGUUGGGGACAAAUGUCACUUUGGCAUGUCCGUACACUAUUCUAGCACAUUAUCUCGAAUUGGACUGGGCAUUGAGUUAUGGGGUUGAACCUGGACUUGUAAGGGUUAGUAUUGGAUUAGAAGACAUUGACAUCCUAUUGAAAGCAUUUCAAAAAGCAUUGGAUGCUAUUUGUUAA